UGACAUUAGGGGUCGAAACCGUCUAAAACCCGAUGACAGCGCAUGGCCUCAACUACAAGAACGGUUCUGGGUAUGCGAAGCAGGUGCAGUCGCACGCGCAGCUGCCCCGGGGUGAAGGCACUGUGCGCGAGGAACAGCGGCGCUUGGAGCGGCUGAACCAGAGCUUGUGGGAGCAGCGCCGGCGUCUCGAAGGCGAAGCCACGGAUCUGCGCGGCAAGCUGGCGAGGGCGGAGGCCCAGUCCCAGCGCGAGGUCCAAGAGCUCCGGGCGCGGCUCGGCAGCUGCGAGGCCGCCAAAGCGCGCCAGCGCUCCGAGCUCGAGCGGGAGCUGGCGCUGCACCGCGCCGGCGCGGAGCAGCAGCGGCGCUUGCGGCAAGAGCAGGAGAAGGAGAUCCAUGAUCUCCGUCAAGAGCUCAGCCAGGCGCGCGCGGUGCAAGGCCGCGUGCGGGAGCAAGAGGAUGAGCUGCUGAAGCUGCGUCAUGACAUCGCCCUGCGCGAGGAGGAGAGGCGAGUGAAGGAUGCGCGUUUCAACCUGCGGAACUCUGGCGCGGUAGCUCUCAGCGAGUGGCGAGGCGCAGACGAGUCCAGAAUCGAAGGUGCCUCGGACAUUUCCACGGCCUCUGCAGGUGCGCAGGAGGCGGUGAACAAGAUGCGGCUGCUGCAGGAGCAGCUCAGGUCCUUGGAAGGAGCGGGAGGCGACCAGCGGCCCAUCUUCUCCGAGCCGGGUCUCGCGCGGGAGCGGCGGGACUUGGAGGACGCCUUCGAGGCUCCGGCGCACCUCCGCGAGGCGCAGCUCCUAGCAGAGCUUCAACAGGAGCACCUCAUGACCAUUCGCCUGCAUCGCGCGGCGCGUGCCGCCAUUGCUGGAUCAAUGGAAGCCAGCGUGCUGAGCACGCGGCGAGACGCCAGCCGGGAAGCGAGCCGCGAGGCGCCGGAGCAGCAGCUGCGACAAAGGCCGCAGCCCUUGAGGCCUGAAACCCUUGCCUCACCCAGCGGCACCUCAGCAGGCGCUGUGCUCGGCAGCGAUGUCCGGUCCAGCGACGCACGAGGCUCACCCCUGGAAGCGCCCGAGGAGGAUACCAGAGCCGAGGCGAGGGUAUCACCAUCCAGCUGCCAGGUGCUGUCGCCCGCGCUCUCGCUGGAGGCGCUGCAAAGCACGGAGGCGGAGAACGCUGCAGGGGCCAUGCAGGACUCUCCGCGCUCCAGGCCUUUGGCAUCCGAGUCCCACUCCGCCGGUCGGCUGCCACCUGCGCAAAGCACGCAGAGGCCCGAAGGCGGCAUCGGUAUCAUCGCCCCGCUGAGCCCGUCUCCCCGACAAGAAGUGGAGGUGGAGAAGGGCCACGAGGAGUCGGAGAUGCAGACCAGGCUACGCGAACUGGAGCUGGACAGGUCCUCCUGGCGCCGGCGUACACUGCUACUAGAGGAGCAGAUGCAGAAGCUCCAGCGAGAAGCGCUAGCUCCGUCAACGCAGCAGGCCCGCUGGCGGCCGCAGCAGUUGGAUUCAGAGGUGGUCAGCCCCGACAAUCUCGCUGCCGUGUCCUGCCUGUCCGUGCAGGAGAGCAGCGAAGAGGUGUGGAAGAAAGAGCGGCAGCAGUUGGAGGUCCAACUGGCGCAAGUCUGCGCGGAAAGGGAUCGCAUGAUGGAGGCAGCAAAUGAGCUGAGGGCGGACCUGAGGCGCAAGGCUCCGGCAUCGCCGAUGCCUUCGGCCAGCGAAGUGAUGCGGCAGGCGUUGCAACUGGCUUCGCCCAGCGCAGGCGCGGAGGACCGGUUCGGUGUGACGCCUUCACCUCGGGAAGCGCCCAAAGGCGGCGCGGCCCUGGUGCUGCCAAUCCCGCGUGCAGGGACCUGCUGGAGCGAGUCCGGCGGGUCAGGUACCGUGACGACUCCGCGUGAGCAGGAGGUGGCGCCGCGUCCGCCGGUCGCAGGGAGUCCCGUACCUGCGUCUUGGCACCGCUUCGAAGCGAAGGCCGGCGUGCCGCCCUGGCCGAGGGCCAGUCCAUGCUCCUCACCGUGCCUCGAGGUGCCUGCCGCACGGCCCGAGCCUCCGCCGCUUCGGCCUUGCAGUGCGAGCCUCUCGCCACCCCCAUCAGCAACCAUGCUGCUAUGCAGCAUAUGGUGGAGGCCAACGAGGACCCCCACUCCCCCAGCGCACUGCGGGUCCGCGAUGCCUUGCGGCACCUGUCUCCGAGGCGCGCUCUGUCUACGAGCCCCAGGAUGCAGCACGGAUAGGCUCUCAGCGCACCAGGCCUCGACACAGGAGGCUCGGGCGAGAUUCCAGCCUGAGGCAUAUGUGGGAGGGACAUACUUGCUGGUGCGAUAGGAAAUGCG